AUGAAAAACGGUCUCAUAGCCGAAGAAAGCUAUUUAAGAAGGGAAUUAGAAAAUUGCGAUGUAGUAAUUAGAUGUCAAAGUAGAAAGAAUGAAAUUAAUGAAAAAUUAAAAGAAAUUGAAGAUAAAUUGCUUAUGAUUGCAAAAUCUGAAAGUGAUUUUUUUGAUCACGAUGAUUGUGAGAUAUCGCCAAUUCAAAUUCUUAUUUGUACCUAUUGCCCAAACAGUGCGAAUUUAUUUAAAGAAUUACCUGAUAUUAAACCAAACCAAAAACUGGAUGGACCGAUUUGUCAAGAGUGUUAUUUUUCUUGUCCGGUUGAAAAUGGAAUUAGAGAUUUAAGAAAAUUAGAUAAAAAGGAAGAUAAUGGUAGGUUAAGAAAGGGAAAAACAUAG